AUGACACCGGUGACAAGCGACGAAGUUCCUCGCAGAUCAUUGCGCUGCUCCUGGCCCUUGAGGUUCUUUGAGAGGCGUCAAUAUUUCAAUCGUGAGGCCGAGAACCAACCAUACAUUAAAUGGUUGCGAGAUGCUUUUAGAGAUGCUUUUAGAGAUGCUAGUGGAGAGGAGUGGAAGGAAAACGAAGAGGAUGAGGACGACGAAGAUGAGGACGACGAUGAUGAGGACGACGACGACGAGGAUGGUGGUGCUUCAAUUGAACAAGAUGCGGAGAAGAACAUGAUUGAUGGUCAGCAAGAGAAGAGCCGAACCGAGGCCGAGGACCGAAUCUACCCUGAUUGGUUGCCAGCCUAUCCAUACUACUUUGAUAGCUUCAACAACGGGGAUGAGAAGGAUGGCAAACAACUUGAAGAAAGUGGGCCUGGAAGGUGGGAGCGUGACGAAAAUGAAGAAUCUUGCGGCAGGCGUGGGACAGCCAGAGUCUUUAUGGAAGGAAUGACUGGAGACGAAGAGAAUUUGCCAUAUCGAGAUCAAGUUGAUGUGGUUGCGGGUUUUGUUGAGCAAGCGAUGUAUAAGGGAUGUGAGAAACCCGUUGCAUUACUUGAUGACAGGAAAUCUGGCGGUCGGAUGCCUUUAAAACAAAAAGACUUCAGGCCACGCCGUUGGACUUUGACCAUAAAGGAACUACGAGCAGAAUUGAGCAAACCGCGCUUCAAAAUUAGUUCGACCCAAGAAAAUUAUGCUCAAAGCGCUCAAGAUGCAGCAUGCGAUGCGGAGAGGAGGGUUUUGUCGAACUCGGACAGGUUUCUUCCUGAUUUGAUUCCGUCGACCAUGGAAGUAGUUCUAGCAACGGCUCCGCGAAACCAUGCAUUGACUCUGAAGAAUUUCUUUUAUAAGUACUUGACAUCAAAGGCGGCUAUUGGAGUGACGAUUCCUUCUCGAGGAUUCAAGGUCUUUACUUUCGAACUGCACAUCCCUUUCUACGUGUUGACCGAGAGCAAGGAGUUAUUCCAGGACCAUCGGAAAGGAUCCGACCACAAGCCUUUGAGACGUUCGUGGCGUCUGCCUUUCCUGUCCGGGUCUAAUAGUUCGCUACGACCUUUAUGUCUGUAUGAAUCACAAGUAUCAGUCACUGUAACCGGGAUUGAUCACCAAGUCUGGACAGCCUACGGCUCCUUCGACACUUACUAUGGAUCGAGUGAUAGUGUGCAAGCCUACCAGGCAACGAAUGCACUCACUGGUCGACCAGACCCUCUUGCAGCUGGCCAGCUUACUGCUCACAAUCUUAUUUGGACGCCAAGGGAGUAUUACUUCAAGGUUUUUGAAAUUCGGAUACAGCAAGUAGGACGGGAGUGGAGGGCAAUACUUGGUCAGGUGGAAGUGGAUGUUGACCAAAACAAUCAGAACUUGCCUUUGAAUAUCGACUAUUCUACUACGAGGGGAGUGAGGGAAAUCGGUGCAUGGAACGGAGAAAUGGUAACGUUGCUGAGAAAAUUAAUAAGGAGCCUCGGGGACACUGUCGAAGCCUGGGACAGAUUCCAGAGAAAGGAUAUCGCAUACUUUCUGUUCGACGACGACCUUCCAACCACCUCUUCGCUUUUGAAAUCCUCGAUCAAUGAGGUCGAUAAUGUGUUUCUGGACUUGAAGGAUAUUCUCAGAAAGCUCGUAAAGCUGGAAAAGGGGCUCUGCCAGGACAGCCCCCAAGGCCUUAACGCCAUUUAUGACCAUGGGAAUCACGAAGCGCAGAUAUUCCAGCAGAAGUCUGCCCACCAUAUUCAAAUACUUACUUUCAUUACCAUUUUCUAA